GUGUGUCUUUGCACCAUCUAGCAGGUUCCUGGGCCAUCAAAACAAAACAAGCGCACACACACCACUGUCACUGUGGCUAAUGUCAGAUAGGCUUCCAGCAGAGGCGGUGUCCGUCGGGUAACUCUUAGUUACUGUGUUGCGUUUGCUUUGUCACCAUGCCGCUGAAAUCAUGUUGUAUUUACAGCAUUGGGGUUGUCUCUAUGCUGCUUUUAAUCGCGGGCAUUGCUUUAGUCCUGUCUAACGUGUUUCCACAGUUGGUGCAGUCCGUGGUAAAGACGGAGGUGGUUUUGAAGAAUGGCUCAGAAGCAUUCAAGGCCUGGGAAAAUCCGCCAGCACCCAUCUACAUGCAGUUUUACUUUUUUAAUCUGACCAAUCCCCUGGAGGUGCUAGAUGGAGAGAGGCCGGCCGUGUUGGAGAUUGGGCCGUAUACAUACAGGGAGUACAGACCCAUGGAGGAAAUAAACUUCCUGGAAAAUGGCACUAAAGUAGCAUCCAUCAACACCAAAACCUACAUUUUUGAACCAAACAUGUCCCGGGGUCCAGAGAGUGAUCUCAUCAGGACCGUUAACAUCCCUGCCAUGACCGUGAUGGAGAAAUUCAAGGAUAGCAUUAUUAUGGCCAAUCUUAUCUCCUCCUACAUGAGGUCCAGUGAUGAAGGCCUGUUCACCACCCGCACAGUUGGAGAGCUGCUGUGGGGUUAUGAAGAUGAACUGCUCAAAGCUCUGCGCACUUUAAAACCAGAUCUGGAUGAUGUUUUUGGACUCUUCUAUAAGAGCAAUGCUUCCAACGACGGUGAUUAUGUCUUUUUCACUGGCAAACAAAACUACAAAGACUUUGCCAGAGUGGACACAUGGAACGGAGAAAGCUCUCUGAACUGGUGGACCACCGACGAGUGCAACAUGAUCAACGGAACCAACGGAGCAUCUUUCCAUCCGGUCAUUAAAAAGAAUGAAGCUCUCUACAUGUUCUCCUCGGACCUGUGCAGGUCGAUCUAUGCCUUGUAUGAGGGGGAUGUGACAGUGAAGGGAAUUCCCGGUUAUCGCUUUGUGCCUCCCAGCGAGGUCUUUGCUAACGACACGGUGAACCCAGCAAACGCAGGCUUCUGUGUUCCUGCUGGGAACUGUUUGGGCUCCGGAAUUCUGAAUGUCAGUGUAUGCAAACAAGGAGCUCCCAUAAUAAUGUCCUCACCACACUUCUACCAGGCGGAUGAGAAAUUUGUCAAAGAUGUGUUUGGUAUGAAUCCCAAAAAGGAGCACCAUGAGACUGUCAUUGACAUCAACCCACUGACAGGAAUCAUUCUGCAUGCAGCAAAGCGGCUCCAAGUCAACGUGUACGUGGAGAAGAUCCCCAGCUUCAGUCAAACAGGAAAUGUGAGGACGGUGGUUUUUCCUGUGGUGUAUCUGAAUGAGAGUGCUGUCAUUGACGACACGUCAGCCAUUACGCUGCAAGCCGUUGCUGUGGUAAAGAACGUGGUGGAGAACAUCCCCUUCAUGCUCAUCGGUCUGGGCAUCCUCCUGGGAGGAAUCUUCAUGGUCCUCAUGUGUCGACUCAAGGUCCCAGAGGGCACUGCUGACGAACGACAGCCCCUGCUUUCAUCAUAACACUGAACAGGAGGACAAAAUUCCUUUUAAACCUUCAUCAGCUCUGUGCUUUGUACCUCUAAAUCUCCAAGUAACCUGUUGAUAGUAUUCAGAUGCCAACUAGAGCUAUGCCUUUUAAAACGGAUUUUAUUUUAUAGUGUUCAUUGCUACUAGUUUAUUAAUUUUGAACUUGUAAUGAAGCUGAUGUUGCUUUUCAGAGCAAUUUGUUACUUUAAUCAUAUGUCAUUGUUUUAUUUUAUUUUUUAAAAAACAGCAUUUUAAAUUUAAAUUGAUUGUUCUCUUAAAGCAGGGGCCCAAAAGUGAAGUUUUAGUUUGUUUUUUUUUUUUAAUUAAUAUUUGCAAAGUUGCCAAUUAGGAUUAUUUAAAAUGGUCAGAUGACAUCAUCUGGCCAAUGUGUCUGUCUGUGGUCAGAGGUUUUACCCCUGCUCCAAUCCACAUAGGCACAAAACUCCACUGAACGUUUUUAUAGACAAACACUCUAAUUCCUAAAAGAUCACUGUUUUCAUUAAGCAAAGACAAUAAAACUCAAAAGUAGUGCAAUGUGUCCACAGAUUAAGAAAAUGUUAAAAUGGAAAUAGGAACCCAUGGGUUAAGUUAUGUUUUGUGUAUUGAUCUGUUGAACUUCACACAUGACCUCCACCUAAACUCAUCAGUGUCAUCAUCAGUGCUCCUGUGUGCUGUGUACAUACAGAUAUUUUUCAUCUGCGGCACUGAUUUUAUUUCAGACCUCUCACACGUAAUCUCUUCGUAUAAUGCGCACGUUCUUUCAGAGGAGUGUGUCAAAUGUCCUGACCCUUUCGUAGCAGUCUGUAAAAAUGUGCGGAAGCACAAUGGGAAUCGUCUGCACCUUGAGUUUGUAUGUUGUUGGUUUUUUAAGUGUUAUUUCUUACAAAUCAGAAAAUGACUGCAUUGGCAUUCUGAAAUCACAGAAGUCCAUUUUUCUUAUAAAAAAAGAAAAGAAAACAUUACCGUAAAGUACCGCGACUUCUACUGCAUGAGAAUACUGUACCCUAUAACCUUACAAGACAACCGGUCAUAUGUAUGGAUAACCUAACAAAUCAGUUGCUAUUUCUGUAGGAUGGCUUGAGUGUAUAAUAGUAUCACUGACUGUAUUAUGGAACUGUUGUAUUAUCAGCUUCCUGCUAACGUGCACUAUACUGAUGAGUGUUUGCCAAAGUUUCCUUCGCAGGUAUAAGCCAUAAUAGUUGUUUUGGCCAGUGUAAUUUUUUUAAUUUUUUUUAUUAAGCAGUUGUAUUGUUUGGCUUCCUCAUGUGAACUUUGUUGUGUUUGUGUUUGUUGAAUGUCAAAGGUGAUGUUGUUUACACCACUAGUAGAAGUUGCAUUAGCAUGAAAUCCACAGUUUAUCCUCAUUAGGUCACAUACUGAUAGUUUGCACAAGGACUUUUCACCACUUCAAUAAACUCAGUGUGAUUCUCGG